GUCCAUUGAGCGGUUCAACCAAUAUAUAUGUGCACAUCUAUAUAUACAUAUUAAAACAUUAACCUUAUUGCAAAGUGUUCAAAGCAUAAUUAAUAAAUUCAGCCAAUACAAGAAAGAGGCUUGAAUUUGUGGUUCGCCGUAAUGAUACCCUUGCAGAAACGAUUCAGGGGCCGGCUGUCUUUUACAGUCGUACUCUUGAUCGCAAAUAUCGUAUUAUCGAGCUAUACACAGUCGGGCACAUUCGCAGCCACUCACUCCGCUGGCGGUACGGCGCGCAACGCUGCGGUAAAUGCGAAUUCGAAUUCGAAUUUACGCCUAGCGCUGCCGCGAACUAGUGCUAGCCAAAUAAACAGCGGGGCUACCGCUGCGGCAAGCUUUAAGCUUGCUGCAAAGACAUUAAACUCGACGCGUAAUGGAAACUUGCGAACGAGAGAACAACAAUUGCUGAGUAUAUUUGAGAUAAUUAUCACAACGCUUGAGGGGAAAUUAAAACGAAUCGACAACCUGGGCAGAUCAGUGGAGGAUCUAAUGGAGCACAUAGAAAGUUUGGAGAAUCGCGUUACCAACAAUGUAGAAAAGACUGAAGAGGCGCUGUCGAAACUAAGUAGUCUCGAUUCUAAGCUUUCAAAUGUGGUUUACAUUGUGCCCGAAACGGGUGCUCGUUCAGACAGUGAAAUGCAUAAACCUAUUACAACUGGCUCUUCCACGUUCCAAAUCGAUAGCCGGCUCGUGAAGUUGGAUCAGAAAGUCAGCGACAUUGACCUGAAGCUUGAAGUGCUGAAAACGCAGAUAGACAACAACUUUUUGCAAGUUGAUGAAUUUAACGCAGAGGCUAGUGAGAAAAAGCCUAUUACAAUGAAUGUUGUGGAAAUUACGAAAGCAAUGACAGCCGAAGUUAUGACUCAUGUGUCCGCCGAAGUCAACCAAUUGCGCGAUUCAACUGAAAACAUUGACAAAAAAUUGCAGUUUCACAUAAAUAUUGAGUCGGAAAAUAUAGGCCGUAUGCUGCGUAUGAUUAACGACAUUCAUGACGCUGUUGUCGAUCAUCAUGAGCAAUUAAACGGAUUCAAUGUCACGACAACGGCCUUUCCAGCCAUUAAGUCGAGUAAAAUUGAUGCUCUUGUCAAGCAAAUGCGUCCAAUGGUUUCGGUUUCCGAAAAAAUGGACGAGGUGUGGGACGUCGUGGUGGGUACUAAGUCUUCUGUUGAUCAUUUAUUGCCUAAAUCGGAUGCACUUCUCACACAAACUCAGCGGCAAGAACGAGCAAUUGGAGAAAUACACCAGGAUCUAAAAACGAAAACCAAUUUGAUAAUCAACAACUUAGAUAUGGUUGAAAAACGAUUAAAAAAACAAGAGGAUGAUGUUCAAAUACUUGCACAGCGACCAGGGCCCAGUGAACUUUUAGGAGACCCAACUAUUGAUCGUCUGGUGGAGUACGAUCCAAGCAGGUACUCUGUUAUUGAUGAAAGCUUGACUGAUUUAAAUGAGCCAACCACAACGCCUUCGUCAGCGACACAAUCUUCUAUGAAAUAUAAUACGUCAACAGCUAUUUACCCAACAUUGGGCACGCCUACGAGUGCUAUGAACAGUCAAUCUACUUCUUCGAGCACAAAUAUCAAUAAUAUACUAGGCAUUAUGGUCAAUGCAACACCAGUCACUGCUUCUUCUUCUUCUACGUGGAAUACAACACCAACAAAAUCAGUUGUUCGGAAAGGCGGCAUUAUCUUUCCGAGUGUCAAGAACAAACCAGCAGUAGUAAAUAACACAUUUACCAAUGAUAUAUUUACACUAAAGGACGUUAAGGGUUUCUCUUGUGUAGAUAUCUUAAAUGCUGGCAUGAAACAGUCUGGAGUAUUUUACCUACAAAUUCGUGGAACAACAUAUUGGUUCUUAAAGGUGUAUUGUGAGCAGGGUAUCUCCGAUGGUGGCUGGACGGUGAUUCAACGGCGGGAUGAUUUUGGAGAGCCGCGUGAAAACUUCAACCGCGAUUGGGCGGACUAUAAAAAUGGAUUUGGCGAGCCUGCAAAAGAGUUUUGGUUAGGCAACGAAAAUAUUUAUAUGCUGACAAAUAAUGAAGACUAUGCAUUGCGGGUAGAACUAGAAGAUUUCGAAGGUAACAAGCGAUUUGCACAAUAUUCGCAUUUUAAAAUACACUCGGAGGCUGAUUAUUAUAAGCUGGAAAUCGAUGGAUACGAAGGAAAUGCUGGUGAUUCAUUAAAUGAUCCAUGGUAUGGCUCCAACAAUAGCCCAUUCUCAACAUACAACAAAGAUAAUGAUCGAAGCUCACUCAACUGUGCAAGUAUGCUAAAGGGCGGCUGGUGGUGGAAGUCAUGUGGUCGUGGAUUAAACGGACUUUAUCUGCAUGAUCCUCAAGACCUGACUGCCCGGCAGGGAAUUGUAUGGUUUCGUUGGCGGGGCUGGGACUACACUUUGAAAAAAGCAACUAUGAUGAUACGACCUCGGAUGCCCCAACCACAGACCCUGGGCUCAGUGACUGCAAAUUAGAAUUUUCUAUUAAUGUAUUUUAAUGUAAUGAGAAACGUUUUUUAACUGUGAGAAAAAAACUUCUGGUAUGUUAUGAGUGUACGUCCAUAUAAUAGCAAAUCAUGCAUUGUAGCCAAUUUUUAUGCAAACUUUCUUUAACUUUAGCUUUUUACCCUUAAAAAUAAUAACUUAUUUGUAAUUUCUUCUUGUAGCGAGAUAAAACUAGUUAAUAAUUUUUAAAUUAUUCAAUAACGUUAUAAGUAUUAUUCUUAAAAUGCUGCAAUCAUCCCAUUCAAAUUGUAAAUAUAAUCACUGUUAAUCUGUUUGUAU